GUUGCGUUUCAAGUAGCAUAACACCAUGCAGACUAUCAGCGGUCGCUCCGUGGCCGGGCGCAGCACCUGCUCCGCCCGCGUUGCUCUCCGGGCGCGCAAGGUGUGCGUGACUCGCGCCGCUGCCACCGUGGAGAAGCACGAGGAGAAGGCCAUCGGCUCUGCCUGGCAGUUCACCCAGCCCGCUGGCAAGGGUCUGGGCUUCUACACCGGCGCUGAGGAUGGCUACCUGUACUGCGACCAGAUGCGCGUGGAGGACAUCCGCAACAAGGUGCCCGAGUCGCCCUUCUACCUGUACUCCUGGAACCGCAUUGCGCACAACUACGCCGAGUACAAGAAGGCGCUUGCGGGCCUGGACAACCUUCCCUGCUACGCCGUCAAGGCCAACAACAACCUGGUCAUCAUGAAGCAGCUGGCUGCUGCGGGCGCCGGCGCCGUGCUGGUCAGCGGCAAUGAGCUCAAGCUGGCCAUGAAGGCCGGCUUCGACCCCAAGCGCACCAUCCUGAACGGCAACGGCAAGCUGCCCUGGGAGCUGGAGCUGGCCGCUGAGAUGGGCGUCAACAUCAACAUCGACUCCGAGUUUGACCUGGAGAACAUCGCCGCCGCCGCCCGCAAGACCGGCAAGAAGGUGUCGGUGCUGCUGCGCAUCAACCCCGACGUCGACCCGCAGGUGCACUCGUACGUGUCCACCGGUCUGGCUAGCUCCAAGUUCGGCAUCCGCAACAGCCACAUCAAGUGGUUCCUGGACGAGAUCCGCAAGGAGCCGCUGCUGGAGCUGGUGGGCGUGCACAGCCACCUGGGCUCCACCAUCACCAAGGUGAACAUCUUCCGUGACGCUGCCGUGAUCAUGUGCGACUUCGUCAAGAUGAUCCGCGCCGAGGGCUUCCAGCUCAAGUACCUCAACAUCGGCGGAGGCCUGGGCAUUGACUACAGCCACCAAGGCCAGGUCCUGCCCACCCCCACCGACCUGAUCGACACGGUCCGCGACAUCGUCAAGGAGCUAGGCCUCACGCUGGUCAUUGAGCCCGGCCGGUCUAUGGUGGCCACUGGCAGCGCGCUGGUCAACACCGUCACCGGCGUGAAGACCAACGGUAACAAGAACUUCAUUGUCAUUGACGGCUCUAUGGCCACCCUCAUCCGCCCCUCGCUGUACGGCGCCUACCAGCACAUCGAGCUCACCAAGCCCCACAGCACCCCCGUGCAGACCUUUGAUGUGGUGGGCCCCAUCUGCGAGUCGGGCGACUACCUGGGCAAGGACCGCGAGCUGGCCACCCCCAGCAAGGGCGACGGCAUUGUCGUUCACGACGCGGGCGCCUACUGCAUGUCCAUGGCCUCCAACUACAACCUCAAGAUGAAGCCGGCCGAGUACAUGGUGGAGAACGGCGGCCUGCGCAAGAUCCGGCACGAGGAGACGCUGGACCAGCACCUGGCCGUGUUCGAGGGCCUGUGAAGGGACUUGGAAGGGCCUGUCAGGGGCCUAUCUUGAGGGGCUGUAAGGGGCUGGCAGGAGUUGAAGGGCUCGUGAGUGUUAAGGCGUGGAAGCGUGGGGUGGGUAUUGGCGGUUGUGGUGAUUAGUAUUUGGCCCUGUGAAGUGCUCAGAGGGUCGAAAGCGGUGGUUUGGUGAGUUGAAGAGGCGGCGCUCUAGGGCGGGUGAGGAGUGGUGUGCUGUAUGGGCAGCCCACGUUUGGAGGAGCAAACAAGUUCGUCUGAAGUGCUGGCGGAUGUCGGUGAGGAGGGCGUGCGGCAGUGCGCGCGUAAGCCGAUGUUUGCGAAGCGCGUGGCAAGCGUGCGAAGCUCGUAGACGGUUUAAUGAUUAGCUAAUCUCUAGAGUGAUUGUAAUGAGCCCAAAGC